GGCGAACAGCUGAGGGAGUGGGGUCCCUCACCACUGCGACCAUUGCUGGAAAGAAGGUUAUGCUGUACACUCAGAAAGGGAUUCCCCCUGGGGGCACGUUGCAAGCCACCGCGCUCUACCUUUGGGUCACUGAUAACAAUCGCACGUUUCACCUCGGGCCCAUUUCCAUGGACACUAAAAGGAAGUGGACGUCUAACAACACCCUGCUGCACUCUAACAAUGCGUUGCACCUUUUACAAGAGAGGGACAGUAUAACGACCAAAGUCCUGUCUCUUUCUUCCCUAACGGGUACGCUGAAGAAGAUUAAGUCUGUCUUGAAGACUUGGGCAAAACUGGACUCCUUCCUCUCGAACUCGUCUGUGCCCACGGCCGGCCUGGUUGGAUUCUUGUCGGAUGCAUCGGGUGAUGGAACUUGGAACGACGCGUACCGUUGCGUGGGUGCAACUGUGACGAAUGCAAAGAAGGUCGAAAAUGGCUUUAAGUUCACGGGGUCCGAAUCAUACGCCAUGUGGCCGGUGAACAUGUGGAAGCAUCACUAUGCGCACAGCUUUGUGAAUUACGCAUUCACGCUUGUGGCGACGGUGACGAUCGAUGAGGUUCCGAACGGGAGCGCUUCUCUGCUGGGUGCGGGACUGGGGGACAAUGAAAACACGACGUUUGUGGGGCUGUCGUACACCCUGGCGGACGAGUGGGAGACAGUCUUCAAUGGCAUGGCAACAAUAACCGAGAACACUUGGGAGUCGUGGAAGGAGUACCAGGUGGCGCUCAUGCUGCAGGGCAACAAGGGCUCCGUGUACGUGGACGGCGUGCUUGUGGGGAGUUGCGACACACUACCAACCCCUGAGGCACGGGGGCACCACAUCACUCACUUUUACUUUGGCGGCGGCAAAGACGGCAGUGCGAAAGUGAAGAAUGUCUUUUUGUACAACCGCCCACUGAAUGCCGUGGAACUCAAAGCGGUUGGCGACUACGAUCCAUCUCGGAAACCUGCAGAUGACAGCUCCGAUGCAGCUGAGCAACGUGAAGAUGACAGCUCCGAUGCAGCUGAGAAACUUGCAGGUGACAGUUCCACGUGUGCGGAUGUAUCUCGGUUGCUACUUCUGCUGCUGCUAUUGGGGCUAUGGGGCUUUGUGGCCCUGUGCUGA